UCGUAACCUUAACGUUUUCAAAACUCUUAAAAUUAAUUACUUUGGAUUUCAUAUGCUAUAAAACCAUUGCCCAUUGCCUCAUUUUUUUCACAAACAAGACCAAACAAACAACAUGGGAUUCUCCAAAAUCUCUCUAUCUCUUUUUUUCUUCAUUUUAUUUUCUUCCUCAUAUGCAACUUCUCGUACCAUACUUCAUCAAAAAUUUCAAUCAACAACAAAAGUUUCACCAAACAACCGAGCUGAAAAGCUUAUAAGAAGCUUCAACUUAUUCCCAAAGGAGCCAGUUAACAUAAUUCAUAGUAACCACUCUCUCAAUUUUGUCCCCGGAAAGAUUGUCGAGAAUAAGUUCUCGUUUUUUGGUGAUUCCGAUGAACCUUCCGUCGCAAAUCUUGGUCACCAUGCCGGAUACUAUUCGCUUCCUCGUUCCAACUCAGCAAGGAUGUUCUAUUUUUUCUUUGAAUCAAGAAACAAAAAUAAAGAUGCACCAGUUGUGAUAUGGUUGACUGGAGGUCCAGGUUGUAGUAGUGAAAUUGCUUUGUUUUUUGAGAAUGGUCCUUUUACAAUUGCUGAUGACUUGUCUCUUAAAUGGAAUGACUAUGGUUGGGAUAAGGCAUCAAAUAUUAUUUUUGUUGACCAACCCAUUGGGACAGGUUUCAGCUCAAGUUCUGAUGAUAGUGAUAUUCCUCAUGAUGAAACUGGUGUUAGCAAUGAUUUGUAUGAUUUCUUGCAGGCGUUUUUCAAGCAACACUCUGAGUAUGUUAAGAAUGAUUUUUAUAUUACUGGAGAAUCAUAUGCUGGACAUUAUGUUCCAGCUCUUGCAUCUCGUGUUCACCAAGGAAACAAGGACAACAAAGGAAUUAAAAUUAACCUCAAGGGUUUUGCUAUUGGUAAUGGAUUGACCAACCCAGCAGUUCAAUAUCCAGCCUACACUAAGUUUGCAGUUGAAAACAAAUUGAUUACAAAGGAAGAUGAAGCUGAUAUCAACAAGUCCGUCCCUGAUUGUGUGGCUGCCGCAAAAACUUGCGAAAGUCAAGGUGGAGAUAGUUGCUUAACAGCCUUAAAUCAAUGUGAAGAGAUUAUGAAUAGUGUAUUGUCCAUUGCUGGAAACAUCAAUUACUAUGACAUCAGAAAGCAAUGUGUGGGACCAUUGUGUUAUGACUUCUCAAAUGUGGAGAAACUUCUAAAUAAGAAGUCAGUUAAGGAUGCUUUAGGUGUUGGGGACAUAGAAUUUGUUUCAUGUAGCAAAGUUGUGUAUAAUAAUAUGUUGCAAGAUUGGAUGAAUAACUUUGAAGUGGGUAUUCCUUCACUUCUUGAAGAUGGAAUUGAUGUUCUUAUAUAUGCAGGGGAAUUUGAUUUUAUUUGCAAUUGGAUUGGAAAUUGGGAUUGGGUUCAUGCAAUGCAGUGGUCAGGUCAAAAACAGUUUGCGGCGUCUAAAUCAGUUCAAUUUUCGGUUGAUGGUACAAAAGCUGGAUUGUUGAAUAGUUAUGGACCUCUCUCUUUUCUAAAGGUGUUUGGGGCAGGACAUAUGGUCCCAAAGGAUCAACCAAAAGCUGCACUUCAGAUGUUGGUAAACUGGACACAAGGGAAACUUAAUGGGACAAGCAUUUAAUUUCUUUGUUAGUUGAUACAACCAUGUCAAUAUCAAUAUCAAAAUCGAAACAUCCUCUUACAUGUAUUAUGAAUCACAUGGUUGUUGUGUAGAUGACUUCAUGUAGAAUAUUUGGAGGGUGAAAUUUAUAUGGAAAUAAUUUAUAUUCCUAUUCACAAA